UCUCUCCUCCAGUCUGGCAGAUUGCAGGGUGGCUCUCCUGUCUCGGCUCACAGGUGACUCCCGGGCUGCGAGGACGCGCUCGGCGGGAUCCGAAGAAACGCCUGAGGUUUCCCCUCAUAGCUCUGGCAUUAAAUUCUAGUCACGUUCAGCGAAAAGGGCAGGAAUUAGAUGACUAUACAGGUCCCUAAGAAGAGCCCCAGUCCUCUGAGUUUGCCUUCACGCCUCCCACUCUGCUUCCUAUAUUGUCUUCUUGUCUGUUUCGCCGCGCUAAUCUGUGCAAAGUUGAGGGAAGAAUGACAGGAGGACUGAAGGACGGCGAAAAAGAAGAGGAGUUUCUGCAUCCAUUCAUCCGAAAACAAGGGAACAUAUACAAACCAAACAACAAAGACAUGGACAACGACAGUCUGAACGAGAAGACGAUGGAGGAUGUCCACACCAAAGAGAUUGACCUGGUCAACCGGGACCCAAAGCGCAUAAACGACGAUGUUGUCAAGGUAGACUUUGAGGACGUGAUCGCCGAGCCUGCAGGGACCUACAGCUUUGACGGCGUGUGGAAAGCCAGUUUCACCACCUUCACUGUCACCAAGUACUGGUGCUACCGGCUGCUGACGGCGCUGGUCGGCAUCCCCUUGGCGCUGGUCUGGGGUAUCUUCUUCGCCAUCCUGUCCUUUAUUCACAUCUGGGCCGUGGUGCCGUGCAUCAAGAGCUAUCUGAUCGAGAUCCACUGCGUCAGCCGCGUCUACUCCAUCUGCGUGCACACCUUCUGCGACCCGCUGUUCGAGGCCAUGGGCAAGUGCUUCAGCAGCGUCCGAAUCCGCACAAUCAAAGAGGUGUAGCAUCCACAAAGACGAGGAGGAGGAUUAACGGAAAGAGGGGAGGGAAGAUGGGAGGGCUAGAGCAACACGGAUGGAGGGAAAGUCAGAACAGAAAAGAAGAAGAAGAAAAAUAGACCUCUGGAAAACAAGAGGUGAGACCUUUCCAGAGCUGGGCGGGGUUGUUUGAAAGAGAAGGGGUGUGGUCACAUGGCAUCUGAUCUUGCCUUUUUCCCCCCAACUGUUUUUCUCUCCAGUGUUAGUGUUACCAAACGGGUGGGCACAGGAAAUGAAAGGGUCGAUCUCUGGGGGUUUUGUUUGUGUUUUGUUUGUCUUUUAGUUUUUUUUUAUAUUCCUCACUGUUAACUUUGUCAAGAAGGCAACCAAGCUCCAUAUUUGUUUUGCCACAUGAUGUAUAUUCCUUCCAUUCUUACCGUUUCAGUGGAUUGCUUAUCACUUCGAUUGAUUCAUGUGAAGAGUCAGGGUGUAUCACCGUCUUCUCUCGCGCUUAUUUGUUUUUUGGAGCCAUUGUGCAGGGCAGGAUGGGUGGGUGUCGGGGUUAGGGAGGUCAAAGCAGAGAGAAAAUGAGCGAUGCCAAACUCAGCAAAAACUAAACAACCCCACAAGCCAAACAGCUCAGCAACACCCCUCCCUCUGCCCCCCGCACACCCACCCACCCCUCCCUGCGCCCGGCCUCCCCUCCCAGCAGUCUGACACACUGAACCUGCCCUCGUUCCUGCAUGCACCUGCGUCGCCUUCCCAGCAACUCGCCGUCCGCCAGCGCCACGCCCCGCCACACAGCCUUACAAUGCAGAAAAGAACUGCAGCUCACUCGCUCUGUGCCUCAGCUUCUUACUUCUCCUCCAACCUAAAAAAAAAAUCCAGUGCAGGUUUCAUCACCAUUAUCCUCAUGAUGCAUAAGUGUGACAGAGAAUGUUAGCAUUUGAAUUGAGCAAAGACUAUUCUUUCUGACCAAUUUAGCCUUUCAUCUUUCAGUGAAGCCACAUGCUUUAAAUGCACAUCACCAUAGUUCCAUAGUGAAUGUUUUUUUUUGUGUCCACACUAUGAAUAUGAAGAACUUCGAGGGUUUACCUUCAAUACCGUUGUUUUAAUAUCCUGUAUGUACUGUAUGGGUGUUGAUGCAGAAAAUGAGACUUAACAAGCUAUGUCCUCAUUCCAGUGCACUAAUCUAUGGUAAUUUAUUGUUAGUGAAUGGCACUAAUGAAGAUCGCCUGUCUUUAUUUGCAAAGGUAGUAGAGUACUAGCAGUUACUGUUGCACACACUGCACUGAGGAUGUGCGGUUACAAGCUUGUGUGGAGUUUUAUUUUUUUCGCGCUGUGGUACUUACAAAGGUUAAUGCAUUGGAAUAAAGAUAAUGUGAGAUGGAACGUGUGGUUUUGAGUGCAUUUUAAUGUUUUAUUUGGUCACAAGUUUGCUCCAUCCCCCUUUUUUGUCUUCAAAUUGUUGUUGUUGUUGUUGUUUUUAAUUUCCUCGACUUGGUUGGUUCUGCUGCCCUGCUUCUUGACUAAGGACACAAUGCUGAAAAGCAUCAAACUGACACCUCCCAGCCCAGAGAUGGGGUAAGAGAGGGAUGGUUGGGUGGGGUUCAUGUAACUGGGUGGGUGGGGUUAUGUUCUAUUGAGACACUAAGCUCGCUUUGACUUUGUCACCUGCAGUCUGCCUUCUGUCUUCUCACAGAGGUGUUAAUAUCUUAUCACCUGUUCUUUGAAUUGAGUGUUUUUAAGCUCCAAAGGUGAUAUUUUUUAUAAGAAAAUAUGUUUUUCCUUCCUUGCUUUUAAUGUACAUUAUCACGCUGUGCACAUUAAAAUUUAAUAUAAUCCAG